AUGAAGUUCUCAACUAUCCUAGAAGCCCUCAACCAUCAUGCUGUGGAGACUCCUGACCAGGUCGUCUUCACUUGGGUUGACAUCAAGUGUGUGGAAGAAAACAAGAUGACUUUCAAGCAGCUGGAAGACCAAUCCAAUGCCGUGUCGGAUCGUCUGCUCAAGCUUGGAUGCCAAAAGGGCGACCGAGUCAUGGUUGCCUAUCUCUUUGGCCUAGAGUUCUUGGCUGCCAUGUUCGGUGCCAUGAAGAUUGGAGUUAUCCCUUGCUCCAUCUAUCCGCCCAAUCCCACGCAGCUCAAGACGGAUAUGCCAAAGUUCCGUGGAUUUGCCAAGGAUGCAGGAGCCAAGUAUGCUCUCUCGACUAACGUGUUUGCUGCUGGCAUGACUGCUGCUAGCGUCCUUUACAAGACUGGAGUGAAGUGGAUUGGAACAGAUAAGAUGUCAAUCAAGAGGAUCAACCCCAAGAAACCUAAAAACUUCGAGCAAUUUGUGGGAGAACCGGAAGCUAUCUGCUUCAUCCAAUACACAUCUGGAAGCACUGGGGAUCCCAAAGGAGUUAUGAUCACUCACAACAAUCUAGUUGAGACAUGCAGGGCUGGCAUUUCCUUGACUGAUCUAAACAAUGCUUCUGUGGCAGCUCUUUGGGUCCCUCAAUAUCACGACAUGGGACUUACAGGAUUUAUGUCAUGCCUCUACACUGGAAGCCAACUGAUUGUGGCAUCACCACUAGACUUUAUUGCCAAACCACUGCUGUGGACUGAUAUGGUGGAGAAAUACAAAGCGACCCAUACAUCAGCACCCAACUUCGCCUAUGCCCUGCUCCUCAAACGGUUGGAGCAAGCCAACAGAAAAUCCCACUGGAGUUGCAUGAAGGCGGCGAUGUUUGGUGGUGAACCAGCCCAAAGCCAUGUUGUGGAAGCAGUGGCAAGGACCCUCUCCAUCAAGCCUGAACAGGUCUACAAUAUCUAUGGCAUGGCUGAGAUGGUGGUCUUUGUCACCGGGGGACCAGCCAAAACCGACUCCGAAGAAGGGCUUGUGUCUUGUGGCAUAGUAGAUUCCCCUAGCCUCAAGAUUCGAAUUGUGGAUGAUGGAAAAGAAGUUGAGGAUGGACUGGUUGGGAGUAUCUGGGCACAGUCACCACGGGUGGCAGCUGGGUAUUAUGGUCGGUCAGAGCUAUCCAACUCUAUGUUUGCCAAUGCUUUGCCCAGCUAUGAUGGCAGCUGGUUGGACACGGGCGAUUUGGGAAAGAUUGUGGAUGGACAGCUCUAUGUGACUGGAAGAGUUAAAGAUGUUAUCAUUGUGAAUGGCAAAAACUACUACCCAACUGACGUGGAACUCUCCAUUGAUGAAACGUUUGGUGAUAUCAUUCGCCCUGGAAGGACCACUGCCUUUCAGCAUGGGGAGGAUAGUGUUGGUAUCACAGUGGAGGGCCGCAAGGACUUUGACAAGACAGCAAAUGAAUUCUUGGCAGUCCAGAUAGCCAACCAUGUCUCCCAAGUGCAUGGUCUUUUUGUGUCUGAGGUAGUGGUCCUAAAAUUGGGUGUGACACCCAAAACUACCUCUGGAAAGCUGAAGCGAAGUGAGAUUAGGCAAACAACCAUUGAUGGCAAUUGGAAGGAGUCUUCAAUUUUUUUACAUUUCAAGCCUCUUGGGCUUGUUGACAAUGUGCCUGAGCUUGAGCUUCCUGGCAUCGACCUUAACCAAACAAAUGCCCUACCCAGCCAAGCUGUCGAAGCUGUUAAUGCUGUAGAGUGCGAUCCCAGCAAGUUGGAUGAGUAUUUCUUGGAACUUCAUCUUUCUGGGGUCUCUGGCAUGGAUGAAGCUUGGUCCAAAGCCACCAAGACAACAGCGGCAAUGCAAGAAAUGUGCUCCCAAAUCCUGCAGCAUCUUGAGGACAAGCACCCAACCAUCUGCCAGCUUGCUCACAGUCUCGUUGUGAAUCCAGACUGGGUUUUAAUUGACGACAGGACAGGUUUCCUUUUGCAGCUAGUGCACCAAACCUUUGUCCUUCAAUGGGUGACAACCUUCAUGAUGGAUCACCCUGAGUGCAUGCAACAAAAGUUGCAGAACGAUGCUGAGUGGGAAAACUUGUGCAAGACUCCUAACACAGUUCCAGUGGAGCUACAAGAGAUGCUGAACCUUCCAGAACAAGACCCAAUGUACGGGAGGUGGCCAUUCUUCCUUUGGAUCAAGAACAGGUCAGUCCGUGCAAUACUGAAGCUAGUUAUCAAAAGCCUGAGUAGUCCAGAAGAACAGCCUCUGGAAACACGAAUUGGAACAAUCAACAAACUUGUAUGCCUCAAUUUGUUGGAGGCUGUUUGGCUGGAACAACAUCUUGGACACAAGGAAAAUUCACAAGUUGGAAGGAUACUGGCAGCCUCGCCCAUUCAAGCAGCUUGGGCCCAAUCCAACAUGGCCUUUCUUGAGAAUCAAAGUAGUACUUGGAAUGAUCUCUAUGUUGCUUGGAACAUGCAUGUUGUAGCAUGGAUUGGAGAUGAUUACUCUUCUACAUGGACGGUAUCCAAACUACUGCUGCCCUGCAUUGUUGGAGAUGUUGGUUCGAAUUUCUUAUAUGCAAGGAUGACUAGUCUUUAUCUGGUUUUACAUGCCGCAAGUAGGAAAAUAGAGUCUCCAAGAUUCUACAACAAGCCAAUCUUGUCACGAAGAGCACUCCAUCAGUUUGGAAAGCUGAACUUAUCAUUGGCUGAAUGUUUCGGACACCGUGCACCCUCUCAGAACAGCAAUGAUGAAAUGGUGAUCAAUGAAGAAAACUGGCUCUCAAAGUUUGACCAAUGGGGAUUCACAAGCAACCCAACUCAGACAACCACCAGUCAAGACUACAAGUUACACAAUUCUACAAAACAAAGUGGAUCUGCAAACCAGAAUCACUUCUCCACUUGGUAUGGUGAAGCUGUGGGCCCAGACAAAGUGUCUGCAACAAUAACGUCCUUCUUUGGGUCGCAUGUUGACACAUCCAAGACUUGGGCUGAGAAUGGACUGACAUCUCUCAAGAGUGCUGAGCUGAGGAACAAGGUUGAAGAAGUGUUGCAUGUGGUCCUUCCAGCCAACUUUGAACAGCUCUACCCAACACCGAGUGAGCUAUCAGUCUUUUUGAAAGCAUCAGAGAGUAAGAGCUUCCCCAAGCAAGACCCCUGCAGCCAUUCUGAAUUUCUUUGGAACUCAGAAAUAUCAAAGCUCAGCAAGCUAAAGCUAGGAGUACUCCAAACUCUUGGCGUCAUUGUGAUCCUUAUCUUGCUCUUGAGCUCAUUUGUGCCAUCAAUCUUUCUUGUUUCCUGGGUAUUGGUGAAAUGUGGCUCAUCUCAAGUUGGAGGCUGCAAUGGUCUGAUCUCAUGGGUGUUCUUGCCCAUAACUUUCCCCCUAUUCCUACUAUCACUGUCAGUGAUUUUAGUACUCUGCAAGUAUGCUGUUGUUGGGACGUAUGAACACAGGCAGAUUGAAAUCUUGUCGUGGGGUUAUCUUCGCUGGUGGUUCAUUGACAGGCUCAUGGAGGUCUGGGAAUCAACUGUGGGCAAAUUCUUCAAACAAACAAAAUACAUUUGGCUUUUCUACAGGCUCCUUGGAGCAGAUGUUGCAUGGUCUGCAAAGAUUGAAUCCUACAUUCGUGAAUGUGAUCUUGUCAGCGUGGGAGGCAAUGCUACGAUUGGACACAUGAUCAAGUGCAGAAGCUUUUCCCAGUCUGCACAUUCAUGUCCCAAGUUGACCUUCCGGCCAAUUAUCAUCGGAAUGGACUGCACAAUCUCUGGCAUGGUGAGCCCUGGAGCCAAGAUUGGAGAUGGUAGUAAGGUGGAGAAACUAUCUGUUGUUGAAGAGGGAGCAAUGGUACCACAUGAUGUCCUGGCCAAAGGAAACCCAGCAUGUCAUGCAGGCUCAUUUGAGCACACAAAAACAGAGUACUGGGAAGAGUCCAUGUUGGAUGCUUGCAAGAUUGUGUGGCCAAUCCUUGAAGCAUACCAUUUCUUUGCACUGUCAUAUCUCAUCCAUAUGGUACUCCACCGACUUUUGCCCUCCUGGCGAUACGCUACCAUCCUCCAUUGGUUCUUGCUUGUUCCGGGCACUUCAUUUUUGGCCAUCCUAACAAGCAUUCCUCUCAAAUGGCUUUUGAUUGGGAAACGUGAUGCAUCAGAUGAAUAUGGAGGUUCUUUGUGGAGGCAAACAACCAACUGGGCUUGUGACUUCCACUUCCAAGCAGCUUCAUGGACUCUUGUUCCCUUCUUUGGACAGUCCAGACUCUGGAACAUCAUACUUGUCCUCCAUGGCCUGGAUGUUGAUAUGCAAUCUACCAUCAGCCACCCAUACACAAUCUUCUACCCCUCCAAAGUAGAUUUUGUGAAGAUUCGGUGUUCUUUCAUUCCCACCAGCACUCUUGACCUCAGCAAAAGAGCAGACUCCAAGAUUGAAAUCAUCAACAGCAGUAUUGGGUACAAUUCCAACCUUCAUUCAGGAGUCAAGAUUAUCAAUUCCAAAAUCCCACCAAGGUCCAAUGUUUCGGGUAGUAUCUACAAUUUGAAUCAUUCGGACAACAAUUCAGAGAAGCUCAGCUAUUCUACCUUGCUUCUUCCAGAAAUAGGACAGCAAGUGUUGAAUAUGGUCCUCUUCUGCAGCAUUGUCCCUGCCUAUGAAAUUGGUCUUGCUGCCACAAAAAGCUCCUCCUUGACUGCUUCUGCGUGCGGUUUGGCGGUUGCAUUCACACUACAACUCUUUAUUUGGAUUCUCUUGACCCAAGCAGCUGAGAAGGUUUUAUUGAGUCUUCCACAAAAUGGUCAGCAGAUCUUCUUUGGUAUCUACAUCAACCAUGUAAGACAAUUUCGUGCUGGAAAUUGGCUUGUAAUGGUUCUCUAUGGUACACCCAUGUUUGCCUACUUUGCUCGAUUCAUGGGGGCUGAGGUGGAUGGUGACCUCUGGUACUUUGGAAAUGCUCUGUUUGAGUAUGGUAAACUCCACUUCCAAGGGUGCACCAUUGUUGACAGCUCUAGUCUGAAUGGUCAUUACAUUGACGGGAGUGGGCUCACCAUCAAUGACACCUAUGUGUCUGGAGUUAUGCAUCCCGGGUGCUUUGCUGUAGCUGGAUCAGUCCUGUCUGGAAAGGAGCAGCAUGGCCCUUGGAAGGUAUUCUUGAGCCAUGCUGGUGAUGGCCCUGGUGACAAGGACUUAUUAGAUGUAGGAAGUGAGAGUACUGAGGAAAGUACAGAUUAUCUGGAACCUUGCAACUCAGAAGGAGAACUCUAUCCACUGAUCUGA